CACUGGUGACCCCUAGUACGCAACAUGAGCCUCCCAGGAGGGCAAUAUUGCAACCGCAGACGUUCGCUAUUGGCCAGACGUUGAUCAGAUGGUACAGUUCCCUUCUGCCCUAUUCAGUGGCAUCACGCAAGCCCUCUUCAGCUAGAACCAAAUCUCCGAUAAAGUAAUGGCAAAACCACUUGGACUAUAAAACAUUACAAAUCAUAUUCCUCGGAGCAUACCGUUGUUCAUCCAAUGAGUUCCUAUUUUGUCAACUCAACUUUUCCUGUUUCUCUGCCGGGAGGACAGGAGUCUCUCCUGGGUCAGAUACCAUUAUAUUCCUCCGGAUAUACUGACCCUUUAAGACACUUUUCUAACGCUACAUAUGGAGCUGCCAAUAUGCAAGAGAAGGCUUACCCAACCUCAUAUUACCAGCAAACCUCUGGUGUCUACGGUCGCCCCAGCACCAGCGCUCCCUGCGACUACCCAGCUGGAACUUUUUACCAGGACAGUGACCGUUCGUGCGCUUUCGCAAGUCGAGAGGAGCAGCCGCUCUUAGUAACUCAGGAUCAGCGCAGGUCAGAGUGCCUCGAGCAAAAUGUAAACAUAACCACUGCUGUGGACGACAAGUCUUCUUCUCUGCUUUAUCCGUGGAUGCAAAGGAUGAAUUCUUGCACCGCCGGGACCUUUGGCAGCAGUGGGCGCAGGGGCCGUCAGACCUAUACUCGAUACCAGACUCUUGAGCUCGAGAAAGAAUUUCAUUUCAAUAGGUAUUUGACCAGGCGUCGUCGAAUCGAGAUUUCGCAUGCUCUAUGUCUCACUGAACGCCAGAUAAAGAUUUGGUUCCAGAAUCGCAGAAUGAAGUGGAAAAAGGAGAACAAAGUUAUGAAUCCUUCGAAACCCAGCGACGAAGAAGAGGAAAAUAAGACAGAUUAAAAGACAUUGAAUAAAUAAGCUACACAAGCCAUUACUGUUGUAACAUGAAUUGAGAGUUGUUGAAUUUUUGUUGUUGUUUUUCAGAAAAUAGCUGCAUAGGCCUACACAUUUUUGUGAAAUAUGUCAAUAGGCCUAGACUAAUAUAUUUGCACGAUUAAAUAGCGUAUGUAGGUUAGAAACAGGUUAAAAACAACUGUAGGCUAGCCUAUUCUUAUUUGAUCGUAUUUCUGUUUUUAGUUUUGUAAAUCUAUUUACUUGACAGUAAACUCGCACAUAAUUGCAGGGGCACCAUUUUUUUGCAGGGGUGUUGAUGUGCAACAACAGGCCUAGUCAAAAUGACACGAUAAGUCAAUAGUUUGCUUCAAAAAUGUCCUUAAUAUCGAUACAAGAGAGAGGCUUUGUAAUAGCCCAGUGUGUGUUGUAUAUUGUUCGUUUUUGGCUUUUACAUCGCCUUGUCAUGUUCAACUGAAUAAUGUUUUGACAAGUUAUGUAUUGUGCACUUGCACAUCUGGAUGUCAUGUGUGAUGUAAGCAAUGUUUUGCCAUCUUUUAUAAAUACAAAUAAAGCA